GGUCAAUAGCAGUCCAUGGCGUCCCUGGUUCAAGAAGACGGUAGCGACGAUGUGAUGGUAGUUCUCACAUGCAUAGAUCGUAACGAGCAGGAUGAUUUUAGUCACAAUCAAGAUGAAGAUGCUGUUAUGAUAUCAACCGUCGAUGUUUAUAAUUGGAACUUUCCGUCAAUUCUUAAACACACAACAAUCAAAGUUAAAGCUCAAAGAAACAGGCUCAUUGAACAUUCUUCCUAUUUCCAUGGACUCCUAGGAGGAAACUUCGGCAAUCCAGACCUUGAAAUCCUAGUUCAGUGGAACCAGCCAACAUUUUUAAGUCUCUUGGCUUCAUUGUUUGGUUCACCAGUGGAUGUUACUUCUGAAAGUUUCCUUUCUCUAUUUGAGGGUGCACUUUAUUUUGGUAUGGAGAUGAUUAUCUCAAAAUGCAUGAUGUGGCUGACUAAGGCAAUAUCAGUAAAUGGAGUUCCCUUGCUACAACUUAAUGAUCUUCUCAGUAUCUGGGAAUUUGGGUCUGAACUCGUGAACAACUAUCUUCCUGAACUAUGUACAACUUAUCUUGCAAAGAAUUUUAUUUGGGCCAUGUCAUGUAGCUCUUUUGUUGAUGUUCCAUAUGAUUUGUUGCUUUCUAGCACAAAGCAUCCCAAUUUAACUGUAGAUAGUGAAAUGCAGCUUUGUGAUGCACUUCUCAUUUGGAUUUCUGCUAACAAAGAACAAUAUACUGAAGAUUGCUAUAUCAACCUUUUGAAGCAGAUUCGUGUUACCCUUUUGCCUCUGUGGUUUGCUUCUGGGAAAAAGACCUAUCAGUCCUUAUCCAUGUGUUGCAAUGAAAGCUAUAGUGGAGUUAUUACCCUGCUGAAACAACCUUUUACAAUGGAUCCUCUACAAGACAAUGAGUUGCUUAAUCUUAGAAUUCGUUUGACUGAGUUAACUCAGAGAGUGGAUGUCUCAUGUUGUACACAAAUGAAUCCUGCAAUUCUUCUCUUAUCAGUGCUUCCAUUUUCCCUAAACUUGGAACCCCAAUUGAGGAUAAAAUUUGAAAAAUCACUAAUCAAUCAUGAAACUAUAAAUGCUUUUCCAUGGACAAAAUGGUCAAACUUGACCUUUGAAGCAGUUUAUGAGAUCAAUCUCUCCAAUUGUCCCAUGCUACCUCUUAAAGUUGCCAUUGAGAUCAUCAGCUACUCAUUUCCAUCAUUGAGAAAGUUGAAAGCUGCUAAUCAUUUAAGCUUCAAGACUUUAGAUGUAAUGCAGUUAGUGAAGAAAUGUCCUUUACUUUGUGAUAUUGACUUAACUGUGGAUGUGAGUCCAGUAAUUCCAACUCAAGUCUCAAUUUUAUCCUCAUUUCUUUCCACUUCUAUCCUCCGAUCAUCUUCCAUAUAUUGGCAUAAUAAUCCCUCCAAUAUUACAAAGCUUAUACUGGAAGGCAGAAAUGACAUACAAGAUUUUGACCUCCGAGCUAUAUCUAAUAUCUGUGUUUCAAUAAGUUACAUAAGCCUUAGAGGUUGUACUUCAGUGAGUGAUGUUGGCAUAUCUGCUCUUAUAUCCAAAUGUUUGAAGCUAAACUCCAUUGUGGCAUGUGACACUUCUUUUGGACAAAAUUCCGUUUUGGCUCUUUGCUCUUUAAAUGCUUCUUAUGAUCAUCAUCCUUCUGUAAAACACAGUGGAAGGAAUAUUCCCCAUGGUUGUAAUCUUCAAAUGCUUCACAUUGGUGGCUGCAAAGGCAUCAACCUGAGUUGUUUUUCAAAGCUUAUGUCUCAAGCAUACAUGCUGAAGAAUCUUUGCUUGAGGGAUACUGAAGUGGUUGAUGAUGUCCUUUUUAAUUUCCUUGGUUCUUCAUUAGAGGUGCUUGAUGUUUCUAACACCAAGGUUUCAAGUGCUGUUUUGGCUCAUAUUAUUGGCAGAAAUCCUGGUUUAAAAUGUUUAAAAACAAGAGGAUGCAACAACAACAAGUUUCUCCACCAUGAAUCCAAAAACCUUUUCUUUGAAGUUGUCAGAUCCUGCAAAUUAGAGGAAAUUAGUGUUGGGUGGGGAUUUUCAUAUUUAUCUCUUCAAAAUUUAAAGCCUUCACUUUCAUCUCUUAAAGAAAUAGAAGUAGGUUUGGGUGGAUCCUUAGGUCAAGAUGGACUGAAAUGGCUUCCUGUAAUUUCUCCUUUACUGGAGUCUGUGGUUCUCUAUUUUCAGGUGAUUUCAGAUGAUAUCAUAAUAAACAUGCUGGAAUCACUGAAACAUCUGAAAUCAUUUUCACUGUGUCAUUGUCUUGGUGAGAUAUCUUCAUUGGGUUUUAAAGUGAGGAUGCCAAAUUUGAGAAAGAUGAGACUUGAAAGGGUAGCACCAUGGAUGAACAAUGUUGACUUGGUCAACCUAACUCACAAUUGUGCAAACUUGAUUGAGCUCUCAUUGCUUGGAUGCCCACUUCUGAAUUCGGAAUCACAAAAGAUUAUUUCAAGUGGGUGGCCAGGCUUGAUCUCUAUCCAUCUAGAGGAAUGUGGAGAAAUUACCAAAAACGGUGUUGUGUCUCUUUUUGACUGUUGUGCCCUUGAAGAUAUCUUGUUGCGCCACAAUGGGUCUGGGAUUCAGAAAGGUUUUAUUCAUGAAGCUGUAACCAAGCUGCCAAUGCUUCGAAAAAUCUCCCUUGAUGUAUGUGAUGCAAAGGACAGAGACAAAGACUUUGACAUUCCUGAGGUUGAUAAUCGGCACUUCUUAAGUCAUGUAAAAAUAGCAAGAUGUAAAUCUCAUACUCAUAGAUGCAUUUUUGAUCCGCAACAUGUUCGGGCUUCCACAGUGUCGAUACAUCGAGAAACAUUGGUUCUUGUGUGGGAUAGCAAACACCUCACCACAACUCUUGUGAAGGAAAGGGUCUAGCAUUUCUAAUGAUAAAAUUAAUGAUUGGAUUGAUUUUUUGCCAUAUGUGUUUUCUAGAUAAAGUUAUAAUUGAGGCUUAAAAAACAUUUGAGAAAAUUCACUCUUGGAAUAUAAGUCAUCUAUGGGCCUAAAAAGGCAUCAUUUGUUAUAGGACAUGUAUGUAGUGUAGUCUUUUUGGUCCCUCAUAGUCAAUUUAUACAACCCACAUG